AGUGAAAGCUUGCAUGAGGUUGUCUAAAUGUGUUAAGCAGCUGCAUUUGAUUUAAAGUUUUCUUUGCUACACUAACCUACAAACCAGCGAUAUUUGCAAAACAAUGGAUGUUCGGAAGUAUUUGGCACGUAUCAGUUGUUCUGGUUCAUGUCCUCCGACAUUGGAGACCUUACGAUACGUUCACCUGAAUCACUUAAUGGCAGUUCCCUUUGAGAACCUCACUGUUCAUAUCGGAGAGCGGGUCAGGCUUGAGUUGCCACUUCUAUAUGAAAAAAUCGUCUUCAUGCGCCGUGGAGGAUUCUGCUUUGAGAACAAUGGACUCUUCUCUUGGCUUUUGUCUCAGAUGGGCUUUGACGUGACUAUUCUCUCCGCACAGGUCAGGAAUCGGUUCACCGGUGCUUACGGACCUCCCUUCGACCACUUCAUCAUGAUGGUGAAGCUGGAUGGACACAGAUGGCUCUGUGACGUUGGGUUUGGAUCCGGAUUCCAGCUCCCUCUUUCUCUUGAGACAGAUAGUCCUCAAGCCCAGAGCCACGGAGUGUAUCGAAUCAGAUCUCAGGGAGACUUCAUUUUCAUGGAAAUGAAAUCUGAGACUGAGGUAUCAGGGAGUGCAGAAGAAUGUUGGUUGGAACAGUACAAAUUCACCCUGGAGUCACGUGAAAGAGAUGAUUUCAGAGCCAUGUGUGACUACCAUCAGAGUUCUGUUAGCUCGAUUUUCUUCUGCAAAUCUCUCUGUUCACUCUUACUGCCCACUGGAAGAAUCACAAUCAUGGGCCGCAAACUGAUUAUAACCAGUUUGACCUCAGAGGAUGGACAGCAAGCUAUGAAAACCACUACAGAUCUUUCAAAUGAAGAAAUUACAGAGUUGUUGAGAGAGAAGUUUGGAAUUGUUCUUCCUUCUCCACUCACUCCAAAAGAUGUUGAGAUUGUACCACCACCAGUUACUUAUUAAGUCAUAGUUUAUUGGUUGGGUGACUCUUGUUCUUUAAGUAGUCUGGUA